CCCUUUUGAUUUUUAUAUUUAUUCUGAUCAAAAUGGAUUAUUCAACCGCAGCAUUGAAAAAGCUUGAAACGUUGGCGUCUAUGGACUAUUCUACAGCCGUGAAAAAGGUGGAAACAUUUACUGCCAACCUUGACAAGCAAAAGCUGCAAGAUAUUGGCAAAGUGGCAGCAGCGGGUUUCGCCGUGUACUAUGUUGGCUCGAAAUUAUACGAUGCAUUUCUCGGUCCGUUAAGUGGCAUUCCAGGUCCCUUCAUUGCUAAGUUCACGGGUUUGCCACAGUUCCUCUACAACCGACCCUCCGGUACAUUAUUUGAAAAUUUGCUCACGCUCCAUGACAAAUAUGGAAAGAUUGUGAGAGUGAGUCCCACCAUGGUUCAAAUUGCCGACAAGGAUUGGAUCAACCAGGUUCUGCAGAAACAGGAUCUUCCAAAAGGCCCUUUGUAUAAACUGCUCGCGCCAAGUAGCGGCAAAGCAACCCUUUUCAGUACCCGAGAUAAGGUGUUCCAUAAGCAACGUAGACGAAUUGUGUCGCCUGCUUUCUCGGUCAAAUAUCUGAAUUCUUUGGAAGUGUUCAUGGACUCAGCCACGGAGGCGUUGGUUCGCAAGAUCGAUUCGGAUAUUAAGCAAAACUCAUCGGGCGAAGUGGAUAUCUGGAUUUUGCUCCAAUGCUUGGCCUUGGAUAUCAUUGGUGAAACCGCGUUUGGUCAAACCUUUAACAUGAUUGAGAACAAUAGUCACUUUGUUCCCGUCACCAUCACAGAACGUAUGCGCUUCGCAUCCAUGAUGGUUAAUUACCCUUGGAUCGGUACCAUUGCGAGACUCCUCUCUAUGGAUAAAGACCCUAAAUUGACAAAGUUUAUGCAAGACGUGAUUGUUGAGCGUCUGCACACCAAUACACGCCGUGACGAUAUUCUUCAGAUUCUCAUUGAUACCCAAAAUGCUGAAGACCAGGAAGAUCGAUUAACGGCCGAGGCCAUCAUUUCCGAAGUGGUCCUCUUCUUGAUUGCAGGCUCGGAAACCACCAGUAAUACCACGGGUUUCGCUAUUGUCGAAUUACUUCGCCACCCCGAGGUGUUGGCUAAACUGAGAGAGGAAAUUGAUUCGGUCCCGAUGAACGAGAACCAAAAAGUCUUCCAUCACGAUCAAAUCAAACACUUGCCCUACCUGAACGCCGUCAUCAACGAAACCAUGCGAUUAAACUCGAUUGCUGCCAACGGUAUCCAGCGUGUCACCACAGAGGAGACCACUCUGGGACAAGAAGUUGUCUUGCCUAAAAAUACUGCCAUUCUGUGUCAGGUCCAGCAUGCUCAGCUGAAUCCCGAAUAUUGGCCCGAGGCUGACCAAUUCAAGCCUGAACGAUGGCUUGAGGACGCUGUUCCCAAACCUUCUACAGACGCAUUCUUUCCCUUUAGUAUUGGAACCCGCAACUGUAUCGGCAAGAACUUUGCUCUGCAAGAGAUGCGUAUCACCAUUGCCACGUUGGUCAAAUUGUACGAUAUGAAGCCCAUUCCUCAGGAACUCAAAGACGCCGAACAACGACGUCAUUUCAUCACAUUAACCGUGGCCAAGAACAGUUUCAAAUUGCUCAUGAAGCGUAGAGAAGCAACCACCAACUAAAACUCAUUCCAAUGCUGUAUUUUUUUUUUUCAAUGACUUUAUAUCUGUAUCAUUAAAAUCAUCAGUACAUAUAUGAAAAACCAACAUAAUAAGUAUCCCCAAUUUUUUCUUUAAAC